GAACAUCGCUGCUUAAAAGCUGAAUCGCUCCACUAGCUCUCAAUUUCAGCCUCGGUAAAAUAUGUCUGGAGGUCUGCUCUCAGUGGUCGGUCUGCUGUGUCUGCUGUCCGUUUGCUCGGCCUGUUACAUCUCUAACUGCCCCAUCGGAGGAAAACGAGCCGUACAGGAUUGGCCAUCUCGACAGUGCAUGUCAUGUGGUCCUGGCGAUCGUGGUCGGUGUUUUGGUCCCAGUAUCUGCUGUGGUGAAGGUAUCGGCUGCUUGGUUGGCUCUCCAGAAACACUCCGCUGUCUGGAGGAAGAUUUUCUUCCUUCUCCUUGUGAAGCACCUGGAAAAGCUUGCGGUUAUGAGGGACGCUGCGCUGCUCCCGGGGUCUGCUGUGACUCAGAGGGCUGCAGUAUGGAUCAGUCGUGUGUGGAUGGAGACGCUGACGGUCCAGCUGCCGCUCCAUCUGCCAGCAGCCAAGAUCUUCUGCUAAAGCUGCUACACCUGUCAAACCACGCCCACCCCUACAGACUCCACCAAUGAAAUGCUCACA